AGUGUGGAGUUAUUUGCCCUUUGAACGCAGCAUAGACCGCCAUUUUUCUUGAUAGAAUAUCCAUGGACAAAUGAGAUUUUCCAGUUCUUUUAGCAUUUUAUUGUGGUGAGAUCGACUGCUAAAGGUCAGGAGGGAUCAUGGCUGCUGAAAAAUCAGAGAUUCCGACAGUGGUGGAGAUGGAAGGGGAGAUGUUGAGCGAGUCCCAGAUAAUCCUGGAACAAGUUGACGGGUCAGAGGUCACAGAGACACAAGCUGCAGGGGGCAUCAUUAACAUCACCAAUGAUGAGACUGGCAACAUUAUCAUGCAGAUCCAGGAUGGUACCGCCACAUCCUCAGACGAUCAGGCCAUGAUGACGACCUACAACAUCAACGAAGUGCAGGCAGGGGAAAAUAUGAUGGAAUUCGCUCAGGCCCUCAGCGAGCUCCAGGCAAGUGAACAUCUUUUGGAAUUCGCAAACACGGCUCAUGAACAACAGGGGAAGAUCGUCAUCAACAUGCAAGGUGAAGAACAGCAGAUUCCCAGCACAGUCAAAGACAUCCAGUCUGAGGUACAGAUGAUACAGAUCCCAUCACUGAAUGUUGAUAAACAGAAGACUGUAGCCAUCCCAAGCACAGUGAUGGAUAUACAGGGAGAGUCGGAGGGUGUCACACAGAUGCCUGUCAUCAUCACCGACCACAAGGGAGAUAAACAGGUGGUGGAAGUCGUACAACCGAAAACAGAGCGGCUGGUGGAGACUGUCCAGAUACAUGCCACACAGACAGCAGAGGAAGAGAUUGUCACUGAUGGAACCAAUGUACUACAGGGCAUCAGCUUACAGCACUUGGAGGAGGCAUUAAGUGACAAACAGAUCAUUAUAGACGGUCUACCACCAAAUAACUAUCAAAAUCUCCGUUCUGAGAUUCUGGAGGAUGGUACCAUCCAGCUGUACAUGGUGGAGGAUUCAAAUAAGGAGGGAAGUGACCAGAACAUGGCUUCCUUGGAGGAUGGGACUUUUUACAUCCAUGAGAGGCCAGACAAACGUGACUCCAGUAUGCAGACCGCCAUGAUGUCCAUCAAGGCCAAGCAAUACCGAGAUGUGGCUACACAGAUCACAUGCUUCCCCAAGUUUACCAGACAGGGACUGUAUGAUGUGGCCAUCCAGGUGAGCAGCAAGGACAUCCGUCGUAAUCCACUCAGAAUAUCUGCCAGCAAACACCUCCCAAAUGGCACCAAGAUCAUCCAAAACAACAUCAAGACUCAGAAUGAGAGCACAGUGGUACUUAAUGCAGGUGAUGCAUCUCAACUCAUCUUCCAUAAAUGUAACAUCUGUGGUAAGGUGUACAAGAACAAGCUUAACUGGACAAACCACAUCCGAUGCCACUCAGGAGAGAAAGUUUACAUGUGCUGUCAUUGUGGUAAGGUUUACCAGAAGGGCAGUCUCGCCUCGCAUCUCCGCACCCACUCAGAACUCCGACAGAUUGCAGUAUUUGAGAACCUACCUGAUGAUAUGAAGAGAAAAAACCACAAGUCUAUUCCUGGUCUUAAAUUCCCUAAUCAGGAAGCUUCCAUCAUCGAGCUGACUAUUGCAGAUGUUACGACAGAAAUUGACGAAAGUUUGUUCCCACCCCCUGCUGCUGUUCCAGCUAUGCCUGGUUCAGACUUACAGCAGCUUUCCCCAUCAGAGGAAGUAUAUGCAGAUUCUGACAUCCCUGCCAAGAUGGAGGUAGAGGCUGAGGCAGAGAUUCAGGAGGGCACAGCUAAAACUAAGUAUAUCUACAAGUGUAACAUCUGUGGUAAAGAAUACAACAACAAGAGCAACUGUCACCGUCAUCUCAAGUCGCACACCAUGGACAAGAACUACAAGUGUGGCUACUGUGGCAAGGCCUUCACACAUAGGUAUGAGGUACGCAUGCACUGCCGCAUACACACAGGAGAAAAACCAUUCCGCUGUCCAAUUUGUACGCGUGGUUUCAACGAAAGCGGUAACCUUCGACGUCACAUGAAGAUCCACGUCAGCGAUGACUCUCCAUAUAAAUGUGGUGUAUGUUUCAAGGGAUUUGAUCACAUUGUGCGACUGAAUGCCCAUGCUAAGGUCCACACAGGGGACAUUGUGUGUGAUACAUGCAAUCGUAAAUUUAGUAAGAUUUCUGACCUGUACCGCCACAUUAAAAUACACACAGGAGACCGCCCCUUCAAGUGCGAGUUCUGUGAUAAGACAUUCUGUCAAAAAGUCAACCUACAGUCCCACAUGCGCACACACACAGGAAUGAAGGCGUUCCGCUGCAAGUACUGUGGCCUGGGCUUCAGUCGUAAGACCAUCUUGCAGGCCCAUGAGAAAACUCAUGAAGAGGGUGAAGAUGAUGAAGGGACAGUGGAGCGGGCAGCGGUUAGAAUCAGCAAGGACCAGGUAGAGGUGCUAGAAGCUGAGGUGAUAGAACAUAUGGACGAGGAAGAAGAGGAAGUUGUGGAGGAAUGUAUAGAGAUCAUCACAGCAGAGGAUAUUGUUGAGGAGGUGCUAGAGGAAGGAGAGGAGGUGGGGGAACCGUCUGAGGACAAGGGUACACAGAUGGGAUGAGAAGUUGAUCAGGACAGACAGAUAUAGACUGAUAUGGCUAUAGUAAAUAAGAUUAUGUGGAGAAGCACAGAAUAAUUGAGACAGUUUGCAGUAGCUGAAGGAGAAAUGAAGAGGGUGUAGGCUAGAUGGGCGAUUAGGGCCAACAGGCUGCUGUUCAUGUAGUGAGAGUGAUAUAGAGCUCACUGACAUUGAAAGAAUUUUUUUUUAAGAGAAUGUUUGAAGUAGCAACAUUUUAUAUAGGUAAUACAAAUGAUGUACAUGCAGUAUAAUAUAUGUGAGACAGAAAGGCAAUGUACAUGUAUAUUUAUGAUCAGGAGGGACAGGAUCAGGGUUAGGGUUCAGGGUAGUGUUAGGGUGAGGGGUGAGGGGGAGACAAUCAACAGGUACACAUGUAGUUAGGUUUGGGGUCACCAUAGGGGAGUAAAACCAGAAUCUUAAGAACCAUAAUUUGAGACAGAUUGUGUGUUGACUUCUGGGCUUAAACUUAUUGGAGGUUAAAUACAGUGGUGGACCCAUGAGGCCUUAGAAUCGCAAAGCGUCUUAACUUUAUAAACCUUCUUGAUUCCCAAAAUAAUUUUCAAUUUUGAGAGCUAUAUUUCAUCAAUUGUAGUAGAAAAAUAUUUAUGUUAAAAAAAAAUCUUUUUGACUUGAAGCAACUGAUGAAUAGCAGAAAAUCUUACUAUAGAAUAUAUGAGAGGAAAUGUGAGGUUUGGAAGUUUGGAAGAUUAUUAGAGUUUAAUUAGAAGUUUUGUGAUACCUGGACCUGAUGUCCAAAGUUAAGUGGAAAUUUAUGACCUACCUGCAGUAGAAACCUAGUGUAGGUCACAUGUAAUAAUGGUGUAAUGAAUUUUAAGUUACAGUGUACCUGAUAUCACUAUCACUAACAUAUUCGUGACUGCAUGCCUCCAGUUUGAGUUUAGAGGCACUCAAAAUGAUUGAUCUUAGGGCUUGAACCGCAGUAUAAUGCAAAGUUACAUAUUCAAUCUAACAUCAUACAAUAAGCUAUCUGUAGUUCUCCACAUAAUCAUCAACCUCCAUACUCUAGGGGUUGCGCUCCCUUGUGCUCUGUGCAGAAAGUGAAAGUAAGCGCAACCCCUCGAGUAUCAAGGAUACAAUAUCAUUAAGGUAAUAUAUUUAUGUACAAUUCUUUUAAUGUUUGUAUUUUUGCAGUUAAUGUUUUUGCAGGUAAUUUUUAACUCACCAUGCUCAUUGUUCUGCAGGGUGUGGCACAGAUCCCCACUCCACAGUCUGUACAUGUGUAUUUUGAAAUUGUAUAUACUGUGCUGAUUUGUCCCAUAGACUUGCUCAGUAUAGAUAUUGUUGAUUUGUUAUAAGGUUUGCUAUUUGUAUAUAUGGAAUGUAGUAUAUUUUUGUUUUGGAGUUUGUUAUAAGUAUUGCGUUGUUGCUUUUUGCUGAAUGUUUGAAAUGGUUUUUCAAUUAAUGCACAAUGAAAUUAUAUCUUUCAUCCAAGUAGAGUGUAAGUGAGUUAAAGUGUGUAUAUAAUUUUCUGGACAAAUACCCAAAAAUUAAUACCAAAAUUGUUAAGUAAAUCAUACAUCUUGGGGCAUCUCAAAGUAACUUUUAAAACACUGUACUUGAUUAAGCAGAUUCCUCUGUGUUUCUGAUUAGUUUAACAAUAUUGAUCUAUUCUUUUACAAAAUAGUUCGUAACACCUAGUUCUGAAAAUGGACGAACCACACCUGUUUCUGUAAUGUAUUAUAUAAUAGAGAGAAGCCGCUGAAGCAUGUUCACCAGUACUAGUCGAGACCACAGCAUUCCACUAGGUACAUCAGGAGUGUGUCAAGUUGUAUUCCUACAAUAAAUGUUGAUAUUAAUUUAUUCUUAUGUAUUUUUUACUUUAUUUGACGUCAUGAUCCAAAUGGAAUUGGUUGUUUUAAGGUAUGUUUUUGUAUAUAAAAUGGGUUCAAUUUUAUUUUGCUUCUGUUGAAUCUCACGGAGUGGAAGACUUAUCCUAUUAAGAUAUAGCCACAUAGUUAAUUGCUUGGUAGUAAUUAUUGUAAUUAUCGUAUUGUCAGUUGUUUGGAUAUUGUCUUUAGUAAAUCACAAAGAGACUUGAUAAUCCUUGUACAGGAUGUAUGAUUGGACCUCCCCUGAUAUGUAGGGAGUGGUAUUUCGUAUUAA